AUGAACCCUAUGCCGUCGGUCACAGAGACCUUAUCGAUGGAUGCAGAUGCAUUUUGGACCUCCAUGGUCCGCUCACGUUGGGAACACUUGAAUAGAUCACUACGCUGUGACGAUCGUCAGAGCCGCAGAGAGGCCCUUCGGUCUGAAGCACAGGCCAUGCGAUCUGCGCUUGAGGUCUUGAACAAGAUGUAUAAUGCGCAGACAGACACCUGUGCUCUUCCGACGGAGACAUUGACUCACAUCCUUUCUCUGGUGAAGGAAGAUUGGCAACCGGCUUCCGUCAGCCUCAGGGCCAUACACCAAGUUAAAUUUCGAACGCACUAUACCUCAGGAUGGAUGGCCAUCACACAUGUCUGUUCGCACUGGCGCGAGGUCGCGCUGAAUACUCCUACACUGUGGUCUUCAUUCCCCGAUUGCCUUCAACUCUCACCGGCCUACAUCCCCUGUAUGCUGUCUCGCUCUCGUGACGCUCCGCUCGACCUGUCGUUCAAGUACGACCAAUUCGAUCACGUAGAACUCGUGCGCAUGUUCUCGUUAUUCUCCGCGCCCUCUACUCUCGAGCGCACGCGGCGGUUCUCCGUGAGCAAUCUCCCCGCGCAGAUGUUUCGGUACCAAGUCCUUGACGGUCUGCCUGAAAGCUUGGAAGAGCUUCAGAUAAUCCUUGCCGGUGACAGUUCCGGUCCCGGGGAGAAAUUCUCGAGCGCGUUGAGAAAUUGGGAUAAACACAGUGCGCCCCAUCUGCGCAAACUCGUGCUUUGCUGCUCUUCCAUACCGUGGAUGUCCGCACUAUACUCCGCGAGCCUGACGCACCUCGACAUCUUCCUUGUACUAGUCGAAGGGGAACCGGUGCCAGCUCCCACGCUAAUGGAAAUGGCGAAACUUCUCGGCGGUCUACAAUCCCUGAGGUUCCUUUCGCUAUCGAAUCUCGUCGUCUUUCGCCGUCUGCGGCCGCGGGAGGCAUGGGGCGAUCUGACGAUCCAACAUGGGACGCCUGGCUCUGGCACGGCGUUCUUACAGGCGACGACUGCUGCUUCCAAAAGCUGUCUUCUCGACGAAGAUCAUCUGCCGGAUCUCACCUCCAUUCGCGCAGUCUCCUUCACCGAGCGUGGGUUAGCGGCGAUGCGGAGCGGUGGGUUUAAGACCGAUCCGGGAGCCAAAUGGCCGCUUCUCGUAUCUGCGACCAACGUCGAGCGUGUCUGCAUCCCGAUCGAACUCUGCGAUGUGGGGCUGAAAGCUCUAUCUGAGCUUGAUUUGGCUCCAUCGUUGUCCGGACCUUCGAGCGCAAGCCCGACGGUCAAGCUAUUUCCUAAAUUGCGCACACUCGUCUUCGCCUUCAGUAACAACAUCAAGGGUGGUCGGAUGGUCAGCUUCGACGAGCGCUUGAGACGGCUCACAAGGAGUACUUGGCAGGGGCGCUGGCGGGUUUCGUUCAGGCAAGGCGACGGCACGGGAGGCCGGUUGUCGAGUAUGUCUUUGACGAGCGGAUGCGGAGUUGGCCUCUUUACCAGGAGGGACUGUUGGAGGACGCGACUGUGA